GUGUGUUAUGUCAUAAUUGAGUGCCUGCAGGAAAAUGGUUGAUAAUCAGCACUGGAUGAAUACUCUGCAGUCUCAUUGUGCAUAUCCAGCAUGAAGGAUAUAUUCUUGUGGCAGCUAGUUUUUAUCGCUUUUGUGUGGCUGAUAAAAGCUGUGAAAUCAGACCCUCAGACUUAUUUACUAGACCAAGAUUGCAGUCCGCGAAUCUCAGCAGACGUGUCCAGUUACUUGAGCAGUCGGAACAACACGUUUAAAGAUCUCAGAGGAAAGUUAUUGGAGAACAGCACAAAGUUUGCCACCGCGCAGCAAGAUGGAGUUUAUGCUAUGGUUCAGUGCAGAAACUACCUUUCCAGUGCUGAUUGUCUGGUUUGCUUUGAUGCUGCUGUGUCUUUAUCACUUACAUGCUUGUCAGACGGUCCUGCCCGGGUUAUAUAUGAAGGCUGCUUUUUAAGGUAUGAGGCAGAGGACUUCUACAGGGUAGCUACUCUUCCAGGCAAUACAUGGACGUGUAGCCCUAAACAAAGUUCGAUCAAGGAAACUCUUAUUAAUCAAGUAGUAGAAGGGUUGUUAAGGGAUCUUGAAAUUGCCACACCAAAAACAAAUGGUCUAUUUGCAGCAGCAACAAGACAGGUACCAGGUGCUGGUACUGAUGCAACAAUAUAUGCUGUAGCGCAAUGUGCUCAAACAGUAAGCCAGAGCGAAUGUGGAAAUUGCUUAAGUGUUGCAAAUAGAAACUUAGAAAAUUGCCCUCCUCAAGCAGGAGGAAGUUCUGUUGAUGCUGGUUGCUUCCUCAGAUACUCUGACACAGCAUUUUUUCCUAAAAAUGCUACAAUCGACAUCACACCUUUUCUACGAGCAAGUUCAAGAACCAAAUCAAGCCUCAUCGCGGGCUUAGUUGCUGGUGUGUGCAUAUUCCUUCUCAUUCUUGCCUUAAUGUUUUGGUAUCGGCUAUUUAGGAAGACUGCUGAAAGAGGGUUCAUAUCAGGAGUAACAUACUACAAGUACAAAGAUUUAAAGGCAGCAACAAAGAGUUUUAGUGAAAAUAACAAAGUAGGGGAAGGAGGUUUUGGAGACGUAUACAAGGGCAUAACAAACGACGGGGACGUAGUUGCAGUGAAGAAACUUGCUAUGACUACAAGAAAAGUGAAGGAAGAUUUUGAAAGUGAAAUUAGGCUUACAAGUAAAGUUAAUCAUAGGAAUAUCAUUCGCCUACUAGGCUGUAGUGGCAAAGGACCAGAGCUCCUUCUUGUCUUCGAAUACAUGAGAAAUGGAAGUCUUGACAAAUUUUUAUAUGGUGAAAAACGGGGGACUCUUAGCUGGAACCAACGUUUUGACAUAAUCUUUGGCAUAGCUAGGGGCCUUGCCUAUCUUCACGACGAAUUUCAUAUAAGUAUCAUACAUCGAGAUAUUAAAUCUAGCAAUAUUCUGCUCGAUGAUGAUUAUCAGCCAAAAAUUGCUGAUUUUGGAUUAGCAAGACUAAUAGCUGAGGGACAAAGUCAUCUUACCACAGGAUUUGCUGGGACUUUGGGUUACACAGCACCAGAGUAUGCAAUUCAUGGACACUUGUCAGAGAAAGUUGAUACCUACGCCUAUGGAGUUGUCGUGCUUGAAAUAAUAAGUGGGCAACAAUGCACUAAAAUGAUGGCUGACCCUGUAGCUGGAUCCUUACUUGCAUAUGCCUGGAAGUUGUACGCAGAUGGCAUGCAUAUUGAUUUGGUUGAUGAGGCUUUAGAUCCUGGUGAAUACAGUAUAGAAAUUGUGAAAAAGAUCAUACAGCUUGCUCUAAUGUGCACUCAGUCACCAGUUUCUACGAGGCCAACAAUGUCUGAGGUAGUUGCUUCGCUUACAGGCUACAGUCCCAUUGAGCAGAUACCAGAGAGCAUGCCAACUUGGUCUAGCUACUAGUAACUAAUACAUACCAAGUCAACAGGAAGUAGGGGAAGUUACACAAUUAACACAGUUGAGCUGUUAUAUGGCUAGAUAAAAGAAACAUUAGAAGUAUAUGGAAUUUAUUAAAUUGUGUUUUUUCCAUCUUCCUGCCAGAGACGCACACCCCUAUCUGGCACGAUCUUUUAUACUAUAAUCAAGCAAAAUUCUAGAGAAGUGCAAAGUGCAUUGUUUCUGAAAA